AUGGUCAGCUCCUGUUGUGGCUCUGUCUGUUCUGAGGAGGGCUGUGGCCAAGGCUGCUGCCAGCCCAGCUGCUGUCAGACCACCUGCUGUAGGACCACCUGCUGCCGUCCCAGCUGUUGUGUGUCCAGCUGUUGCAGGCCCAGCUGCUGUGUGUCCAGCUGUUGCAGGCCCAGCUGCUGUGUGUCCAGCUGUUGCAGGCCCAGCUGCUGUGUGUCCAGCUGUUGCAGGCCCAGCUGCUGUGUGUCCAGCUGCUGCAGGCCCCAGUGUUGUCAGUCUGUAUGCUGCCAGCCCACCUGCUGCCGCCCCAGCUGCUGUCGCCCUUGCUGCUGUCUGAGACCAGUCUGUGGUCAGGUCUGCUGCCAAAGCACCUGCUACCGCCCCACCUGUGUCAUCUCCACCUGCCCCCGCCCCAUGUGCUGUGCCACCCCCUGCUGCUAA